AUGCUGCCUUACUCCCGUGGCUUGAUCCUGGAUAAUUCUAAUAACUAUGGGAUUGUGAAGACUGAAACGUUGUUUGGAUUUGCUCCAAAUGGUCAUGACAAUUAUGUGGAUGGGGGAUUUAAUACUACAGAACCCCUGGAGUGGAUUAUUGCUAGCAGCAACUUUGCACCUAGAUCGUUAUCAGGAAACACAGAAGUCGAACCACGAGACAAAAAAUCAACACCAAAAGCGGAAUCGGAAACCGCGAAGUCAGCUAAGAAGAGUAAAAAGAAACAUUUUAAUAAGAAAAAAAGAACAGGCAAGGGGAAACUCAAGAAGUGCAUCUUCAAAGUGAUAAAGAAGUCUAAUAAGAAGAAUAGGGGAGGUAAUAAGUUCUCCAAAAUGCAUAAGAAGUAUAUGAUGCCACUGAUACUUGGGUUGCUGGCUGCUAAGAGUUUGCUGAUACCGAUUGCUUUGAAGGCUUUGGCGUUCUUGUCUGCUAAAGGAUUAAUGAUGGGCUUCUUCUCAACGGUCAUGGCAUCAGUCCUGAGCCUCAAAGGCAUGUUCGACCACAGUCACAGCUACCAGAACAGGAAAGAUGACACCAAGACCCAGGUGGAGAUCAUCCAGGUCCCUUCGAAGACAGAUGACCAUGUGUACUAUGAUGAACAUUAUAAAAGAGGGGAUUAUAUUCCUGUGCCUGUUAUGGUACACUGA